AUGGAGCUUACAAACAGUAGCUGGUUUCAGCCACCAUCACUCCUUCUAAUGGGCAUCCCUGGACUAGAAGCUGUACAAAUAUGGUUCUCUAUUCCUCUGUGUAUCAUGUACUUCAUUGCUCUGCUAGGGAACUGCACCAUCCUCUUCAUUAUCAAAACCACCUCCACCCUUCAUGAGCCCCAAUACAUCUUCCUAUCUAUGCUGGCAGCUACAGAUGUGGGUCUAUCUUUAUCAACUCUACCCACAGUACUCAAUGUGUUCCUCCUGAAUCACAGGGAUGUUGAGUUCCACUCUUGCCUAACACAGAUGUUCUUUAUUCAUACCUUCUCUUCCAUGGAAUCAGCCAUCCUGCUGGCCAUGGCCUUUGACCGAUUUGUAGCUAUUCGCAACCCCCUGCGCUACACUGUGGUUUUGACUCCUUCUCGGAUUACCGGGAUGGGAUUUGUAGCAGUGGUUAGGGGCGUGGUGUUGAUGGCACCUUUACCAAUCCUGCUCAAGCGCUUGCCUUUCUGCAAGGGUGUCACUCUAUCUCACUGUUACUGCUAUCAUCCUGAUGUGAUGAAGCUGGCCUGCGGCCCUGUCAGAGUCAAUAUUGUCUAUGGAUUGUCUCUGGUCCUCUGUUCCUUUGGAGUUGACUCUGUGUUCAUUGUCAUCUCAUAUAUCUUCAUUCUGAAAACAGUGCUGGGCAUUGCCUCUGAAGAUGGUCAGCUCAAGGCACUGAAUACCUGCAUUUCCCACAUCUUCACUGUCUUCAUUUUCUAUGUGCCGCUCAUUAUGCUGGCCUUAAUUCAUAGGUUUGGCACAUUUGCAUCUCCUAUUCUCCACGUCACCAUGGCGAAUCUCUUCCUCUUUUUGACUCCUGUCCUUAAUCCUUUGGUUUAUAGUCUAAAAACCAAACAGAUAAGGUCAGCAGUGUGUAAGGUGCUCAAGGGGAGGGGAAACCUGCUCAAGUAG